AUGUCAUCCGGGAGUUUAAAUACACAAUUAUCGAAGAAGACUUCAAUUAUGGGUCUUAAACUAUGGGUAGUGAUCUGCCUCUGUGUUGAUACCAAAUGUUCCAAAAGACAUCAGGGAAAGAUGAUAUUUCAACUUGGAGUGAGCAAAUCUGGUGAUGCUGAUAAUGUAAGUCAAAGCAGUUCUAUUUAUGAAAGGGGAUCCAAGUCAAAGUCAGGUGAAGAAGGAACUUCUGGAAUGGUCCGGAAGCAAUCUUCAUCUCCAUUUAUAGGGUUACCUGAAACCUCACAUUUAGGGUGGGGGCACUGGUUUACUUUGAGAGACCUUGAACAAGCAACACGCCGUUUCUCCCAUGAAAAUGUGGUUGGUGAGGGUGGAUAUGGGAUUGUAUAUAAAGGGACAUUGAUCAAUGGGACAGAGGUAGCAGUGAAGAAGCUUCUUAACAAUCUGGGACAGGCUGAAAAAGAGUUUAGAGUUGAAGUGGAGGCUAUCGGACAUGUUCGACACAAGAAUCUUGUGCGACUUCUAGGCUACUGCAUAGAAGGAACACAUAGGAUGCUUGUUUAUGAAUAUGUGGACAAUGGAAACCUUGAACAAUGGCUUCAUGGAGAUGUUCAGGAAUGUGGUGUUCUUACAUGGGAAGUUCGCAUGAAGGUCCUUCUUGGUAUUGCAAAAGCGCUUGCUUACUUGCAUGAAGCUAUAGAACCAAAAGUUGUGCAUCGAGACAUAAAAUCUAGCAACAUUUUAAUCGACCAUGACUUCAACGGGAAGCUUUCUGAUUUUGGAUUGGCCAAGCUUUUGGAUGCAGGAGAAAGUCACAUAAAUACAAGAGUUAUGGGAACAUUCGGUUAUGUGGCUCCAGAAUACGCGAAUACUGGCAUGUUAAAUGAAAAAAGUGAUAUUUAUAGUUUUGGUGUGUUGCUUCUAGAAGCAGUAACUGGAAGGGAUCCAGUGGAUUACAAUCGCUCUGCUAAUGAGGUGAAUCUUGUUGAGUGGCUUAAAAUGAUGGUGGGAAAUAGAAGAGCUGAGGAAGUUGUUGACCCGAGUCUUGACCCGAAACCCUCGACACAUGCUUUAAAACGUGCACUUUUAGUGGCUCUUAGAUGUGUUGAUCCUGACUCUGAGAAACGACCUAAAAUGAGUCAAGUUGUCAGAAUGCUUGAUGCAGAUUUCCCAUAUCGUGAGGAACGAAGAAACAGGAGGAGCCGGACAGCCAGCAUGGACAGUGAAACCAUGGGUGGUACUGCUGACAUAGAACGCCCGGGCCCGGUGGUUAAAUCGGAAACCUAACAGAAUCCUGUUAACAGAAUUAACAGAAAACCGUUAAAAGUUAACUGGUUGCAAUCGUUCUUGUUAGAUUACUAACAGGAGGGAGUGGUGGGGGUAUUUGAGUAAAAUUGAGAUGAAUGGAAGAGAGAUGUAAAUCACUUGUCACAUAACAAAGACAAAACAAGGGCCAAGGUUUAUUUAUUUCUUUUUCGUUUUCUUUUGUGUUGAUAAUAAUUAAGAUCAAUGAAGUUUUUGGUUCAAUUAUUUAUCUUAUUCAGUUUGGAUGGACAACUGUUAGUUGAUAUAAAUACCGUGUUGUUAAGUCGUUCC